UCACAUUCUCACAUUAUGGAAGGAACAUCUCGAACUUUUCCUUACACCAUAAAAUUCGUUGGUCUACUUGGUAGUCAUUCUCUUGGUAGAAAUCCAAAGUUCAUGGCUACGGCGGUGGAUUUAGGAAGGGAAUUGGUAAGGCGAAAAAUUAGACUUACCUAUGGAGGAGGCAACGUUGGCCUUCAAGGAGCUGUUGCUUCAACAGUCUAUACCAAUGGUGGUAUAGUUAGAGGCUUCAUACCAGGGUACAUAGCAGCACGACAGGUCUAUGGUCCUACAUACGGUGCAGAGUACACCGUUUCCAGCAAUUACUACAAGUAUUUUGAGAUGAAUCAUGUGGUGGAGGCUUUCAUCAUACUUCCCGGAGAAAUUGAUACUAUGGAAGGUUUGUUCACUUUGAUCUCAUGGGCAUCUGAAGGGUUGCACAGUAAACCCAUUGGUCUCUUGAAUAUUGACGGUUAUUUUAAUAACCUAAUCAAAUUUCUAGAUGACGCAGUGAGACAGAACUUCAUGGCUUCUAGUCAGAGAAAACUUUUCAUCUCUUCUUUCUUUAUUGAUGAGCUUUUAAACAAGCUAGCGUUUGCUAAAGCUUUUCCAGGUCCUGGGGCUAGUUAUGAUGAAUUUGUAAAUCCUGGGGCAUUGGACUUAGACUUGCAUUUGUAAUAUUACUUUAUGUAAUUUCAGUUGAAUUUAUGUUGGAAUAAUAUUGUCCAUGAACAUUAUGAGUUAACCAUAAGUCUUAUUCUAAGCUACAUGGCCAGUGCAAGUCAGAAAAAUAUCUAUUUUCAACAUCAAAAUGCAUCAUGUAAAUAUCAAACAUUUCUCAACAUGGGUUAAAUGAAAGAUUUCAUUAUAC